AUGGCAGACAAGAUGGGGGAUACGAAAAACGAGAAGAUGUUCGAUUCGGACUCGCCUUCGGGGCAAGAGUUGGGGUCCAGCACUGAGGUGGUUGGUCAAGUCAGCGACAUCUCGGCAUUCGAAGCGCAAAAAGUAGCCAUGGGCAACGCUCACUUCAAAAGGUUAGGGUGGAAGCGACUCACAGUAGUGCUCAUCGUCGAGGCCAUCGCCCUCGGCAGUCUGAGUAUGCCUGCAGCAUUCGCUACCUUAGGAAUGGUGGCUGGCGUCAUCUUGAGUGUUGGCCUGGGUCUCAUAGCUAUCUACACCAGUUACGUCGUCGGCCAGGUCAAGCUAAAGUUCCCGGAGGUACAGCACUACGCGGAUGCCGGUCGUCUAAUAAUGGGCAAAUUUGGGUAUGAACUGAUCGGCGGGAUGUUCGUGUUGCAACUAGUAUUCCUUGUCGGAUCUCACUGUCUCACGGGUACUAUCGCUUUCAUGAACAUCAGCAACAAUGGCGCAUGUUCAUUGGUUUUCGGUGUCGUAUCAGCCAUCAUUCUCCUACUUCUCGCCAUCCCGCCCUCUUUUGCCGAAGUAGCCAUUCUGGGUUACAUCGACUUCGUUUCUAUCAUGGCCGCCAUCUUCGUUACGAUCAUUGCGACGGGUGUGCAACGGACAGAUGCUGGAGUCCCCUCUGAUUGGUCCGCGUGGCCGAAGGAGAAUAUUACCUUCACUGAGGCUUUUAUUGCCAUCACGAACAUCGUCUUUGCUUACAGUUUCGCCAUCUGCCAGUUCUCGUUCAUGGAUGAAAUGCACACCCCCAAGCAUUUCGUUAAGUCCAUCUGGGCGCUCGGCCUGAUUGAGAUCGUGAUUUACACGCUGACCGGAGCAUUGAUCUUCUGCUUCGUCGGCCAAGGUGUCAAGUCUCCAUCUCUUCUGUCGGCUGGAGACUUGGUUUCCAAGAUUGCAUUCGGUAUUGCUCUACCCGUCAUCUUCAUCUCCGGGUCCAUCAACGGUACCGUCGUAGGCCGAUAUAUUCACGGUCGUGUUUACAAGGACUCGGUCACUCGUUUCAUCAAUACCACCAAAGGCUGGAGCACGUGGCUGGCGCUCAUCACCUUCAUUACCCUCAUUGCGUGGGUUAUCGCCGAGGCCAUCCCCUUCUUUUCCGAUCUUCUGGCCAUCUCUUCGGCGCUAUUCAUCUCCGGGUUUACGUUUUACUUCCCUGCUGUUUUCUGGUUCAUGCUCAUCAAGCAGGGCAAGUGGUACGCAAAGGAGAACAUUCUAAAGAGUAUCCUCAACGGCUUGGUAUUCAUUAUCGGAAUGAUUGUACUAGUCGGUGGCACGUACGCUAGCAUUGUCGACAUCAUUGACGGAUAUAGCAAGGGCAAAGUUCGAGGUGCCUUCACCUGUGCUCCAUUCGAGUAA